UACCCGUGAGAGCUUUCUGGAAUCAUAUGACCUGCCGCUCAUUCCAAAGAUAUUAGAGUGCCCGAAAGAGCGCUCCCGCUUUACCGCAACGUUACUCUCGCUCCGUUCCAAACCCUUCUCCCAGUACCGCGCCGCGCACAGUAAAACAAGGUAGUCUUCGGAGGAUGUACUACAACACCGCAGCCCGUCUGAAAUAACUUGGAUAUUGAUACAAGCGAUAUAUCGCUUUGGUUUUUAAAAGGACAUUAGGGUUUUAAAGGAUACCGACUUAGCGGAAAUGCCAGAGGAAAAAGUGUUCCACCAGCAGGCUGUCCCCAGCCCUCUGGAGCAGAAGAAGCAAGGAGGAGGGGGAGGAGGAGGAGGAGGAGGAGGGGGGGGGUCCAUCCCCUGUCAGAACUGUGGCAAGGCCUGCAAGGGAGAGGUGCUCCGCGUCCAGAACAAACACUUCCACAUCAAGUGCUUCGUCUGCAAAGUGUGUGGCUCGGACCUGGCCCAGGGCGGCUUCUUCGUGCGCCAGGGGGAGUACAUCUGCACGCUGGACUACCAGCGCCUGUACGGCACGCGCUGCUUCAGCUGCGACACCUUCAUCGAGGGCGAGGUGGUGUCGGCCCUGGGCAAGACCUACCAUCCACGCUGCUUCGUCUGCGCCUCCUGCAAACAGCCGUUCCCUGCUGGAGAUAGAGUGACGUUCAAUGGGAAGGAGUGCAUCUGCCAGACAUGUACACAGCCACUAGCUGCUGACAGCCCUGCCCCCAUACAGGCUGUGCACAACUGCUGUGGCUGUGGGAAGGAGUUUAAGAACGAACAGUCUCUGGUGGCCCUGGACAAGCACUGGCACUUGGGCUGCUUCAAGUGCCAGGUGUGCAACAAGGUGCUCAACGCAGAGUACAUCAGCAAGGAUGGGAUCCCCUACUGUGAGGUGGAUUACCACGCCAUGUAUGGGAUCCAGUGUGAGAGCUGCAAGAAGUACAUCACCGGGAAAGUUCUGGAGGCUGGAGAGAAGCACUAUCACCCCACUUGUGCCCGCUGUGCCAGGUGUGAGCAGAUGUUUGGUGAGGGAGAGGAGAUGUACCUGCAAGGUAAUUCUAUCUGGCACCCUCCCUGCAGACAGGCAGCCAGACAGGAGGAGAAGUCCAAGGUGACCAGGACCUCGUCCGAGAGCAUCACCUCCGCGCCCGCCUCCAGUGCUUCUGGCUCCCCCAGUCGAGUCAUCUACGCCAAGCUGGGCGAGGAGAUGCUGGACUACAAGGACCUGGCUGCUCUUCCCAAGAUCAAGGCCAUCUACAACAUCGACAGGCCGGACAUGCUGUCGUACUCCCCAUAUGUCAGCUACACCACCGAGGAGAGACAGUACGGGGAGUCCCCCCAUCUGCUCUCUCCUACUCCAACAGAGGGUGAUGGGGAGAAGUCGCCUCGUCAGCGAAGGCCAUCCAGCCCCAGCUCCAACAGCUCCCUGGGGGGGUACGGACGGUACACCCCCUCCCGCUCCCCCCAGAACUACAGCAGGCCAGGGCCUGAGAUGUACCCGAGCGGGCGUUUCAUUGGCCAGGCUCGAGACUCCAGCUCCCUCCCCCUUCCCCCAAACUUUGUGGGGGGGCCCAAGUACCCCUCAGCUUGGGCUAGGGACUCCUGCUCCCUGCCUAUGUACAACUCUUCCCCCAUACCACCAGGGGGUAAAUAUUCCCCCAUACCACCAGGGGGUAAAUAUUCCCCCAUACCACCAGGGGAUAAAUAUUCCCCCAUACCACCAGGGGGUAAAUAUUCCCCCACACCACCAGGGGGUAAAUAUUCCCCCACACCACCAGGAGGUACAUCUUCCCCCAUACCACCAGGGGGUACAGCUUCCCCCACACCACCAGGGGGCAGCGGAGGCAUGUCCUUGCCCCUCAACCCUACCACUCUGGCCUUGCUCCAACAGCACAACUACAUCCCUUACUUCCGAGGCCUCAAAGAGGACCCCCUUCCUGAGUCUAAACCUAGGACCUCCCUGCAUCUCACUUUGCCUCCUCAUGGUAACGCACAAGACGGCAGUGAAAGUGGUCGGAGCACCCCCAGUCUCUCCACGUAUUCCGACGGCAAAUCCCCCUGCUCCGCCUCUUAUGUGGCUGCCCCCAGGCACUUCCACGUACCAGAGACUAAGGUCAAAGAAAAUAUCUAUAGAAAACCCCCCAUCUUCAAACAGCAUGCUUCCAGAACAUCCUGGCAGGAUGGCGAUGAGGUAAAGAUGAGGACCAGCUGGAUGAUCCUGAAGAAUGAGAUCGACGGUCACCCGGACGAGCUGGACCCGCGCAAGUCCACCUGCAGCCUGCCCACCGACGCCUCCCUGCCCAAUUUCCCAUACAGUAAAUCUGCUUCCCUGCCCGGUUAUGGAAGAAAUGGCAUAUACAAGGGUGCUAAUACGGCAGAGGAGGAGCCAGACGCUGACUCUCACAGCUGGGGGGGGAUGAAAGAGUACAAGAUCUAUCCCUAUGAGGUGUUGGCUGUGACCCACAGAGUGAGAAUCAAGCUGCCAAGAGAUGUGGACCGCACCAGGCUGGAGAGACACCUUUCUCCUGAAGACUUCCGCCGUGUGUUCGGGAUGACCCUGGAGCAGUUUGACCGCCUCGCCCUCUGGAAGAAGAACGACAUGAAGAAGCAGGCGCGCCUUUUUUAAAGCCGAGCGACUCUGUCCAGGCGAGGGGGGGGGGGGGGGGAGGGAGGGAAACCACGACAACACAUCCCGACGGCACCCGUCCGGUUUGCAACGAGGGAAAGAAGAAGAAAAAAAAAAAACAUCCUAUCCGACAACAUCUAUAUAUGCACCGCCGUCCGUACUGUACGCCUGCAAUACUCUCAUCUGCCUGAGCGCACGAAGGGGGCGCUCUCGCGCGGACCUUCCCGCCACGUCGCUGAGGCCCCGCGCCGUCACCCCUCGGGCUUUCGUCUGCGAUGUGACCUGAAUGUUUACUUUGAUGCCCUGAGGAGGACGAGCCGGUAGCAUCUGCAUGGUCCGUGCCCCUGCUCCUCUCCUCCUUGUGCGCGAUGUCUGCAUCCCCCCCCCCUCUCUGCCUCCCUCCCUCGCUCCCUCUUUCUCCACGGGAGAGAUACCACAGCUCUUUGCUAAUUCUCCUACGGGGGGGGGGGGGGGGGGGGGGGGGGUCUCUCGCCGUGUUUUUUCCACCGCGUGCACCUGUUACCGUGUCCGUCUCGAAUCGGAACUGUCGUAUCUUGCUGUUUUUAUCUGGUUUUCGCUCUUUCUCUCUCUCUCUCUCUCUCUCUCUCUCUCUCUCUCUCUCUCUCUUGCUGUUUGUCACAUCUUAGGGUCUCUCUUUUACUCUCCUUUCCCCCCCCCCUUUUCCCGCCCUCACUUUGCUAGCUCCUAAACGGCCGACUAUAAACUCAUAACCGUGCUAUCUGUGCAACCGAUCCCUGUUACAGCAAGACGAGGCCAAAGACAUGGAUAGUAAACUACUGUUAGAGCUUUUUUUCAACUGCUCUCACCAUUAAGAAACCAUAAAGCACCUUACCAUAUACUUUAGCAGUUUCUUUCUUUCUUUUGGGUUUUCUUUCUGUAUUGCUUGGUUUUAAACUGUCCUAGAGCUCUUCUGAGAAUGUGAAGUUAUGAGGAAACGUUUUAUUUUUGUUUUUUUGGAUGGUAUUUCGAAGCCCAUGACUCGAUGAUUACAGUGGUCCCAUGUCUAAUACCAGCCACUCGUAAAUCAGUCCAGAUAAGAGGGCCAUGCGAGAGCUAUGAAUCAUGGGAAACGUCCUUAAUGGACCACAGCAGAGACCCAUAGCAGAUAUAUGGAGGAGUCAGGUUCUUCCUAGUCAUGUUGUCAAACACACCAAUGCCAGACUAAUUCACUGACAUUGGCUCACACAUCAAUAACCCAAAUUAUUUUUCUAAUCUAUUUUUGACUCCUGGAAUGAUGGUUGUGAAAUGUAUUUUCUGUCUGGAGAGGAACCAUAGGCCAUGUCUGCUUUUUCAAAAUACCACGCUGAUUCUGUUGAGCGUUCAUUGCUACACUGUAACACAGUCCUAGAACAGCACUCAAGCCUGUCUAGUGAAGUCUCGCUUGAUGAAAAGAUAGCAUUGUCCUAUAACUUAUCUGACAAUUAGUCCUAUAUAUGUUUGUUGUUUGUGUAUGGUAUGGCCUAAAAAGUACCACAUGUACAAUUGAAACACGUUAGCUUUGCCUAAUAUUUGGAAAUUGAACCAGUGACUUUCACAGCCAACAUAUAAAGAACAUGUUAACAUACAGGUUAUCUUCAUUUUGUGUCAGAGUUGAUCAUACAAGCCAAGGUUUACAUCUCUCUUCCAUCAUGCAUGACGAUAGGCAAGUGUGGCUGUCAGUUGAUUUGGUUAUGGACAUUUACGUUUGUCUAAUCAUUCUCUCAAUUUGGUUAUUUACAGAACCCAGCAUUCUUCAAACUCAUAUUUUCAUCAUAUUGGUAUGAAGCACAUGAUUGAGUGGCUUAUGUUUGCUGUUUAUUUAUUGAAAUAUUAAGGAUGUUGGUGAAGUGUAACACUAGUGACAAACAGAUAGUGGCAACAUGUAUUCUAAAUGAAAAAAACUCUUACUCAAACAUAUCAAUAUCUACUUGACCUGAAUAAAUCAAUUUUGUUUUAGCUCCUUCUGGAAGUAACACACUAACUAAACGCUCAUGUCAUCGUCUGAUUUCCAAUGUCCAGCGGCUAUUAAAAAGUGCUUUAAUCAAACAGUGGAGUCCACAAUGUAUCAAAAUGCUUGAGUGUGCCAUUGAAUGUGAUCAGCAAGAUGUUGCAAUUGAAUUGUAAUCAUGUCUACUUAUUAACUUAUAAUUUAUAUUUUUCCGUUUGACUAGAACAGUGAGGUGUGUGAGAAUGUGUGUAUGCGAGCUACUUUAAAAGCCCAAUCUAGUGAUGGAAAUGACCUUUUGCUAUCGUGCUCGACCCAAAAGCACAUUACUGUUGCAAUGUUGUUGCACUGUUGAGAAGAGGUUGAUGUCAUGUUAAGAAACUAGGGUUUUCCUGUAGCAGAGGAAUAAGGGUUGGAUCUGACGGUGUUAUUUAAACAGCUGUGGAAACAGUGGAGUUGAAUCCAGAGAGAGUUGAAACCACAGACUCCCGGAAUCCAGAUCCAGAAUCAGCUUGCCUUUCCUCCAAUGUAACCCUAUCCGCCAGGGGGUGAAAACACAAAACUGACCUGAGAUCAGAUGAUAGAGAUGACUGGUCAAUCGUCUUCCUCUCCAGUGUAGGUCGGACAAGAUCAUCUGAGCUCCGAAAAACCAGUGCCAGCCCAGAUCCCCUUUCAUCUCUUCGAUAAACAGACAUUUCACACAGUCAGAUAACAGCAUCAGGGCUCACACGCAUCGAAAGGCCACAGUGUGGUAUUACAGAAGGGUUCAUGUUAUCCUGUAACUAAGCCUUUGCUUUUGUUUUUGCUUCCUUUUAUUUCCUUUUGCUUCACUGGUUUGCAAGAGAAACUGAUGUCCAUCUUUAAAUAAAUGUUUCAUUCAAAAUGG